GUGCAACCUUGUCCGAAGAGCAAAUGCGUUCUCAAAUUGAAGCAAUUGUUCAAGAUUUAAUUAAAAAACCAUCUACUUCUUCAAAUCCUUUAUUUAAUUCUGUUGUUUCUAAUAAUUCUAAUCUGCUAACGACACAACAAAAUAUGAUCCAACCACACAUUUAUCAACAAAUUCCAAAUUAUCAAAAUCAAUCAACAUCACAGCAAAUAUAUCAAGCUCAAUUUAAUGCACCACAACCUUCAAUACCAAUACAACAACAUAAUAUUAGACAAGAUUUAAGAAGAAACGCCGGAGGCGUAAUAAGGAAUCGCCGUCGCUGCUUCAAUUGUUUAAAUAUUGGCCAUUUAGCCAAAAAUUGCUCUCAACAAGUAAAUACUGCAGCAAUUCCACCAUCACCACAUACUAACCGAAAUUCAACAAAUCGAAAUGCUAAUUCCCUUCAAGGCACAGCAAUAGAACUACGUAAUUUGGGCAAUCGUAGUAACAACGAAUUAGUAGCCCAACUACUUUGGGCUCUUGCACGACUUCUUGUUAACCAUAGUGAUGGGUCUACUUUUUCUUGA